AUUUGAAUAAAUUUUAGAUUUCUUAUUAUAAGUUUUGGGGGGUAGCAUAUUUGCCUGUAUAGACUGUAUAAAAGUAAAAUUUUAAACAAAAAUAUGGAUAAGUUAUCAUUGGGUUCUAGAGGAUCUUCACCAAUACAUGGUGGGGGUUUAUUGCAAGUCAAGAGUAAAUAUCAAGCAGAGUUUCGAAGAUUCCCAAUCGACUUAGAACGAGAUGGGUUUGAGGAUUUAUUCCAUCGUUUGGAGUCCUUACAUCACCUUACACAUCUACAGUUUGUAAUAACUUACACUGACCCACAACAUGGAGAUCUACUUCCAAUAAAUAAUGACGAAAAUUUUGCAAAAGCAAAGAAAUCUUGCUACAACAGCCUAAUGAGAGUGUAUGUUCAUAGAAAAGAUAAUCUAAAUGUUAUGAAUGGAUUUGGUCAGUCAACCGUUCGGCGCAGAAAAGGAAAGAAAACGAUCCCAAAGAUUAGUUUUCCGGAAGAUUUUCGACCAGUUUCUGCCAUAAUUGACGUAGAUAUACUCCCAGAAACUUUAAGAAGGGUCAGACUUCAUAAUCAUGGAAUAAAUAAACCUCUGGGUUUCUUCAUUAGAGAUGGUGUAAGCUUACGAAUGUCUGAUAAUGGCCUUGAAAAAGUGCCCGGAAUAUUUAUAUCGCGGCUUGUUCAAGGAGGUUUAGCUGAAAUGACUGGAUUACUUGCUGUUAAUGAUGAAGUAUUGGAAGUAAAUGGGAUAGAAGUUGGAGGAAAAUCUCUUGAUCAGGUAACCGACAUGAUGGUAGCUAACAGCUCCAACCUUAUAAUCACCGUCAAACCAGCAAGCAUGAAAAACACGAUGGGUUCAACUCGUUCCCGCUCACACGAACGCCUAGGUAUCCACCAGAUGGCAGCACAGGUCUUCGAAUCCGAGGAAGACGAAGACACAGACGUCGUAAAAGAUUUAUCUGAAAAAGGAAGAGCUUCAGACCGCUCGACAAAAAGCUCUGAUUUCCCCCGCCCCCCGAAAAGGUCCCCUAACCCUUCACCCCAGCUUAACAGAUCUGGGGAAGUGAUUUCUGUUUCACGAAGCAACCCAACCCAUCUUCCCCCUUCACCCAAGGCGUCACCAGCGCGGCACAACAACGGUGACAGCGGCAGGCGCCACAAACAUGGCAAGGACUCCCUUCGAGCGAAACGUACACAUCACAGCAGUAACCCUAAUGUUUCAAUAUAAAAAAUAAAAAUAAAACGUUACCAUUUUAA